AAAACAUUCCCCAUUUAGCGAACGUUAACUAACUUAAUUAAAGAUUUUUCAAGACUUUAUUUAAAGAUUUUUUUAAGACUUUAAUUCAAGAUUUUGGACAUUGGAGUGUGAAAAUGCAGAAAGGUAAAGCACCUGCCAGUCAGGACGCUGAUGCUACAGAGGAGCAGAGAGAGCAGUACACCAAACUGCGUUCCAGACUUAGGCAGCUGGAGACAGAAAGAGAAGUCCAAAGACGCCAGGCCCAGAACCAGAUCUGGAAACAGGAGCAGGAGAUAGAGAGGCUGGUGUUGGAGCAGGACAGACUGAAGAGGGAGCUGAGCAUGAGGAACGGAGGUAUCGAGCAGAACUGCGAGCAGGAGACUGCGGACAAACUGCAGGAGCUCAUGCAGCACUGCACCAGCAUCGACCAAGAGCUGGAGUCAGAGGCCCAGAAGCAAAAGGACCUCAACAAACAGAUCUCGGACUUGCAGCCGAUGUUGUUGGAUCUGAGGAAAGACAAAGAAGACGCGCAGAGGUCCAGGAGGAAGAACAUCAAGCAACGGCGCAUCCUGGAGGACAAAGUGCACCGGGCCACGACAAAGUUUAACGAGCAGGUGAGCAGGAACAGUGAGCUGCGGAAGGAGAUACAGACCGUGAUUGGAGACAUGGCGCGCUGGCAGGCUAUGAUCAAGAGCAAGAAGAAGGAGGCCCUUGAGCUUCGAGAGGCGAUAAAAACUACCACUGAUGAGUAUCUUGCUGCGUGUGAAGCCAGCGUUCGGUCUCACCAGAAGAGUGCAGAAAUGAGAGAGACGCUCGCGAAGGAGCGGACGGACUAUGACACCGAGAUGCAGAGACUUCAACUCGUCGACAACUACGAGGACGCCCUGACACACUUCAUCUCGACCAAACAAGACGGGAGAGAGCCCAGCCACGGACACAGACAGGUGACGAAGACGAAGGAGACGAAGGAAAGCCCGGAGGAAGUGCUCGAUCGGAUCCGCUCCGUGACGGGAGAGGAGAACGUGGACAACUGUGCUGAGGACCACAUCGUCACCGUCUUCAAAUCUGUGAACGAACAGAACAACGAGAUCGCGUUGAGCGACGGCAUCGAGCAGGUCCAGGCGGAGCUGGAGAAGUUCGAGGUGAGGAGUCAGGAGAGGAAGCAGAGGCACAGAGUCAAAAUUGCGGAGCUCUCCAAGCAGCUGGAGGAGGUGGAGGAAAGAACGGCGCACUAUGAAGAACAGGCCAGGGUCAAAAGUGACAUCCUGGAACGCCUCAAAACAGGGCUGAGCUCCAUCUCCUCGAAGAUCGACUGUGACAAGGGUGAGGACGACUUCAGCUCGCUUAUGGGGGCCGUGGACCAGAGGACCAAUGAGAUGCUCACCAUAAAGGCCUGGCUGGACAAAGAGCGUGAGAGCCAUUAA